AUGGAAGUGUCCCCUGAGUGCACACAGCAGGGCAGGGGGCUGGUGCUGCUUCGCCGGCGGUCCCCCACACCCCCGGGCCUGCGAGAGGCUCUGAAGGCCCGGCUGCGGCGGAGCUGUGCGUGCAGCGCGCAGCGGGCCUGGGCGCUGCUGCAGGACCUGCUCCCCGCCACGCGUUGGCUCCGCCAGUACCAGCCUCGGGAGGACCUGGCGGGUGACGUCAUAUCUGGGCUGGUCAUCGGCAUCAUCCUGGUGCCUCAGGCCAUCGCCUACUCACUGCUGGCCGGGCUGCAGCCCAUCUACAGCCUCUACACGUCCUUCUUUGCGAACCUCAUCUACUUCCUCAUGGGCACCUCGCGCCACGUCUCCGUGGGUAUCUUCAGCCUGCUCUGCCUCAUGGUGGGCCAGGUGGUAGACCGCGAGCUCCUGCUGGCCGGCUUCGACCCCGCCCAGGACGGCCUGGGGCCCGGGGCCAACCGCAGCGCCCUCAACGCCUCGGCCACCGUGCUGGCGCUUGGGCCACAGGACUGCGGCCGGGACUGCUACGCCAUCCGCGUGGCCACUGCCCUCACGCUGCUGGCCGGGGUUUACCAGGUCCUCAUGGGCAUCCUUGGGCUGGGCUUCGUGUCCGCCUACCUCUCACAGCCGCUGCUGGACGGCUUCGCCAUGGGGGCCUCAGUGACCAUCCUGACCUCCCAGCUCCGACACCUGCUGGGCGUGCGGCUCCCGCGGCACCAGGGGCCGGGCCUGGUGGUCAGCACGUGGCUGAGCCUGCUGCGCGGUGCCGGGCAGGCCAACCUGUGCGACGUGCUCACCAGCGCCGCAUGCCUGGCCGUGCUGCUGGCGGCCCAGGAGCUCUCGGACCGCUACCGGCACCACUUGAAGGUGCCGCUGCCGACAGAACUGCUGGUCAUCGGGGCGGCCACGCUCGUGUCCCACUUCGGGCAGUUCCACGAGCGCUUCGGCUCCAGCGUGGCUGGCGACAUCCCCACUGGCUUCACGCCCCCGCAUGUGCCAGACCCGGCGCUGGUGUGGCGCGUGGCGCUGGACGCCGCGUCUCUGGCCCUCGUGGGCUCCGCCUUCUCCAUCUCGCUGGCGGAGAUGUUCGCCCGCAGCCACGGCUACUCUGUGCGCGCCAACCAGGAGCUGCUGGCUGUGGGCUGCUGCAAUGUGCUGCCUGCCUUCUUCCACUGUUUUGCCACCAGCGCCGCCCUGGCCAAGAGCCUGGUGAAGACAGCCACCGGCUGCCGCACGCAGCUGUCCAGCGCGGUCAGCGCCGCCGUGGUGCUGCUGGUGGUGCUGGCGCUAGCGCCCCUGUUCCGGGACCUGCAGCGGAGCGUGCUGGCCUGCGUCAUCAUCGUCAGCCUGCGUGGGGCCCUGCGCAAGGUGCGGGACGUCCCGCGGCUAUGGCGGCUCAGCCCUGCCGACGCUCUGGUCUGGGUGGCCACGGCGGCCACCUGCGUGCUGGUCAGCACCGAGGCCGGGCUCCUGGCCGGCAUUCUCCUCUCACUGCUCAGCCUGGCCAGCCGCACACGGCACCCAAGCGCUGCCCUGCUCGCCCGCGCCGGGGAUUCCAGCUUCUACGGGGACCCAGAAGAAUUUGAGGGCCUGGUCCCCGAGCCCGGCGUGCAGGUGUUCCGCUUCACCGGGCCCCUCUACUACGCCAAUAAGGACUUCUUCCUGCGGUCCCUCUACAGCCUCACCGGGCUGAACGCGGGAUACGCAGCCGCCAGGAGGAAGGAGCGGGGCCUGGGGGCGGGGGCUGGCGAGGGAGAGCCUGUCGAAGGCAGGGACCUGGGUCCCGGGCGCAGCACCGCUGCGCUGGUGCCCUCGGCGACCUGCUUCCACGCGGUGGUCAUUGACUGUGCCCCGCUGCUGUUCGUGGACGCAGCCGGCCUGGCCACACUGCAGGACCUGCGCCGAGACUACGGGUCCUUGGGCAUCACCCUGCUCCUGGCCUGCUGCAGCCCCUCGGUAAGGGACACCCUGAGGAGAGGCGGCUUCCUCGGGGAGGACCAGGGGGACGCGGCCGAGGAGGGGCAGCUGUUCCCCAGCGUGCACUGUGCCGUGCAGGCGGCCCGAGCCCGCUGCCAGGAGCUGGUAGCCGCCAACUACACCCUCUAA